AUGAAGUUCGCGACUGCUCUGUUGUCCGCCGGCCUCAUGGCCGGCACCGCGCUGGCCGACAGUUUUGCGUGGGAGAGACUGAACAAGAACGACUCCGUGCUUGUGAUCCUCGAUCUCCAGGAGGGUCUUUUCAACCUGGCCCGUGACUGGGAUGCCACUCUCUUCCGGGACAACAUGAUUGCCCACUCAGCCCUCGGCACCGCCUUCAAGGACCUGCCCGUCGUUCUGACGACCUCCGCCGAGACCGGUCCCAACGGCCCGCUGCCCCAGGAGAUUUUAGACCUGUACCCCGACGCUCCCCUGAUCAAGCGCCAGGGCGAGGUCGACGCCUGGGACAAUUCCGAUUUCCGCGCUGCUAUCAAGGCUACCAACCGCAAGCAGAUCAUCAUUGCUGGUAUUGUCACGGAUGUUUGCACCGCUUUCUUGGCUCGCUCGCUGCGUGCGGAGGGCUACUCUGUCUGGGCCAACAUUGAAGCUAGCGGUACUACCACCAAGGAGAUCCGCGACAUCUCAAACGACCAACUCCUCCGCGCGGGCGUCAACGUCGUCUCCCUCUUCGCCAUCGUCUGCGACCUCAUGCGCGACUGGCGGCACACGCCUGGGGCCCUCGAGCUCCUCCCCUGGCUGGACCGCUACAUGCCGGCCUACGGCAUGGUGGCGCGCGGCCACCGGGCGGCGAUCGAGAGCGGGGAGGUGAUUCCUGGUGAGAAUGUUUUGCCGAAGUGA